AUGCCAGGCAGAGUUCACAAAGUGACUUUUCCAAACAUGGAUAUGACCAUUCGGACUACUACAGGAGUGACCGCGGCAGAGAGAGGUAUCGGCGCACCCCACCCGUGUCUCCUGUCCGAGAUGCACGCUCCUCCACACCGACCUAUCACCAAUCCGGCAGGUCCUCCUACCAUAACAACGGCUUCUCUGGCUCGUCACCGGAUCAUCAGAACCGAUGGCUGUCACCCGACCGUCGGAACCGCUGGCAGUCACCGGACCAUCGCAACCGUCGAUAUUCGCCAGGCCAGUACAACAGUCGGCAUUCCUCCGGACCUUCUCCUCAUCGAGACCAUCACUUCAGCUACGAGAGGCAUUCCACACCCCGCAGCCCAGAGGGAUGGCGUCCCUCUUCUCGUCACCAUGAUGACCGGUCUUCCCCUUACAACUAUGACUAUGACUCUUCUUUUGAUACAGGUAGACGCAGAUCCCCCUCAGCACGAUCGAGCUGUGAAGGACAGAGACCAAAUGACAGAAAUCAGCACGUGA